CUCUCUCUCUCUCUCUCUCACACACACACAUACACACACACGCGAGUGUUACAACACCUACAACAACAGAGAAGGGAAGAGAACUCAACAUGGCGAUGAGGGACGAGGGGGUUUCGUCGUCGUCGUCGACGCACAACAGCAAGUCCCAGGACGAGAGCAGCCGGAACGGUUAUGUGAAGAGCUGCGUGACUCCGCUGAAGCAGGACAGCGGCUAUUCCGUCUGCAGGUGGUGCAACUUGGAGAGGCUCGGCUUAGCCCGUCCCAAACUCGCAGCUUUUUACCUCCGCGGCGGCUGCGGUGCCUUUGCAAUACUCGUCCUGUCCAUCGUGGCCAAGAGAUGCCUGGACGAGGAGUGCCACUCGUCCCUGGUGCAGACUUUCCAGUCGGCAUGGGCGGCGGUUUUGCAGUCGGUCAGCCCGCUCUUCAGUAUCUGCUGUGCCUUCUUUUGGUUGACAUUUUAUCUGAGGAAGAGUAAGAGGGAAUGCAGCACGGCUUGGCUCCUGGCGUUGCCACCAUGUUGCUAUCUCGGAGAUUUCUUGGUGGUGCAAGUUUUGUUCGGCGACGAGCAUCUGUUCCUCUGCAGGUUGCUGGCCCCGGCCGUGGUGCUGGGAUGCGUGGGGUUCCUGACGUUACUCUCCACUCUGAAAGUGAAACAGAGCGUCUUGAUCUUACUGUUCGCCGGAGUGGUCAGACUGGCUUCCAUCACCAGCCUGAUCGCUCUACCGGCAGCUCUGAGACCCCUCCUGGCGUGCGGGGUCGGGGUGGCGGGGGCUGCCAUUGCUGUGUAUUUCGACCACUUGUUUCCCAGAGAAGCCCGCCGCAGGAUAACCACGGAGGAAAAGAUCCCGGUGAUCAAACCCCGAAGGAGAUCGAGUUGUGUUUCUUUAGGAGAAACAUCACCCAACUAUUACGGUCGCUGCAAAAUGCCCAGAAGGACAUCUUUGCCUUGCAUAUCCAGAGAGCAGAUGAUCCUGUGGGACUGGGACUUAAAGCAGUGGUUCAGAAGCUAUCAGUAUCAGAAUUCCACCAGUGGGUACGCUGUGGAUCUUGCAGUUAUGAGUGAGGCUCACAGUUUGGUGACAGACCUGCUUGCUGACCUUUCCCUGCCUUCCAAUGUCACCUCCUCUCUGCGAACCAUCAGCAGCCUCAUUGGCUCCCAGCUUACCUUCUCUAAUACGCAUCGACCAAAAGUGAAUCCGCUGACAUCGUUCUCCGAUUCGUACCCUUGUGUGGAAAUGGAUGACUUGUCAGAUAAAGGGGAAAGGGUAUUUCCAAAGCGUCUGAGAAGAAGCUUACCUACAGGACAACUGAGAAGAAAUACAGGAACGUGGACAACCACAACGUCAGCCACUGGCCUCCCCACAAUGGAACCCGCCCCUCUCAGGUGGGACCGAAGCAAUGGGAUGAAGCCUCAUGCGGAGAGUGGAAUUAUGAGUACUUGUGGCAUAGGGUCACAGGCAAAUGGACCUUCGAGCUCAAACCUGCUGACAAUCCCUAAAUCUCGAUCUGCUUCCUUAUCUUUAACAUCACAUCACCUUGGAUCCAGACGAGCAGGAACUUCGCCUAGCCUGAGUCCUGUGAACUCUCCCAGCCAUGGACCUGGGGCAGUGGCUAGUUUGAGUCGCUUACCAGUCGAGUUUCCUGACACAGCUGACAUACUGACCAAGCCCAGUAUGACUCUGCACAAACAGCUUGGACACACACUUAAUCCUUCAGACUUUCAGCCAUCAUUUAGAACAUCUCUUCUCUGCAGCAGUUGUGGGCGACAGAUGCCUAGAUCAGUUCAAAACAUAGACAUGGGAGACAGUGGUUUACAGUCUGUAGCAGAAUCACCACAAAGUGUCAAAAGACAAGAUGAAGGUUCAGAAAAUUCCGCUGGCAACAGUGGAUCAAAGGAACCGGGACACACACUGGGGGCAGAGAGCAGUGAAGAGGUGGAAAAUGAGCGUUCCAGGAGAUGUACAGAUCACAGUGAUCAACAGACACAGUUGCCAGAUUUUUUGCUUGAACCGUUGGAAAUGCAGAAUACCAAGAUGUACAUGGAAAAGUUAAAUAAUUGGAAUUUUCCAAUUUUUGAGCUUGUGGAGGUGACAGGUGGCAAAUCCGGAAAAAUUCUUAGUCAGGUCAUUUAUUCCUUGUUUCAAGAUACUGGCUUAUUUGACCUGUUUAAAAUCCCUAUUCGGGAGUUUAUGACCUACUUUCGUGUAUUGGAGUCUGGCUAUCGUGACAUUCCUUACCACAACCGUGUCCAUGCCACUGAUGUUCUUCAUGCUGUUUGGUACUUAACAACACGACCAGUCCCAGGAUUCCAACAAAUACACAGUGAUCAUGUAACAGGAAGUGACACAGAUUCAGACAGUGGAAUAUCACCGGGCCGAAAUGCUUACAUGUCCUCCAGAAGUUGUGUCAUUUCUGAUGACAACUAUAGCUGCCUCGCAUCAAACAUCCCAGCUCUGGAGUUGAUGGCACUUUACGUUGCAGCUGCCAUGCACGAUUAUGAUCACCCUGGACGAACAAAUGCAUUCUUAGUAGCAACAAAUGCACCUCAGGCUGUCCUUUAUAAUGACAGAUCUGUCUUGGAGAAUCACCAUUCUGCUGCUGCAUGGAACUUGUUUUUGUCUCGUCCAGAAUUCAACUUCUUGGCAAAUCUUGAUCAUGUCGAAUUCAAACGUUUUCGUUUCUUGGUGAUCGAAGCGAUCCUGGCGACUGAUUUGAAAAAACAUUUCGACUUCCUUGCGGAGUUUAACUCUAAGCAGGUAAAUGAAGUCAACAAUCCAGGAAUUGACUGGACUAACGAGAAUGAUCGUCUGCUCGUGUGCCAAGUUUGCAUAAAACUGGCUGAUAUCAAUGGUCCAGCUAAACGCAGAGAGCUGCAUCUGCAGUGGACAGAAGGCAUUGUCAACGAAUUCUAUGAACAGGGAGAUGAAGAGGCAAGUCUUGGGUUACCGAUCAGCCCUUUCAUGGACCGUUCGAAACCUCAGUUGGCUAAAUUGCAGGAGUCUUUCAUCACGCACAUUGUAGGCCCUCUGUGUAACUCAUAUGAUGCAGCAGGACUUUUGCCAGGUCAGUGGGUUGAUGAUGAUGAUAUGGAUGCAGAAUGUGCUGAGGAGGAGGAGGAGGAUGAUGAUGAUGACGAAGACGAUGGUGAAGAUAUGGAAACUGAGGAUGAAGUUGAUGAAGAGGACCUUGAUCUCCCAGCAGGCCAGAGGAGGAAGAGGAAACGUCGACGGAGGAUCUUCUGCCCGAUCAUGCACCACCUAACAGAAAAUCACAAGUUGUGGAAGAAGGUAAUUGAAGAGGAGGAGCAGGAACAGCAACGAAAGGUGGAGCUCAAUAUACAGCAAACAGAAAACUUACCCUUACCUCAAACGUCGGAUGAAAUCCAGGUCAUUGAAGAAGCUGAUGAAGAGGAGGAGAAGCGAUGCUGAGAAGGGAACAUACAGUGCUAAACAAACAUACUAAAGCCUCACUGUGCUGACACCAGAGACUGCUACACUUCUAUGUUAAAAGGCCUUAAUACUGUGAGAGGAUUCUCGCACUCAGCAAGAUCCCGCUCCUCUGCACUUUCACCCCCAUGGAAAGAUUCAAAUUUGUACACAUGAAACAAAUCCCUUUGUGCCCCUUGGUGUCCAAGUGUUUUGCGUUGCUGCUGCCUUGCAGAAUAGGACGUGCUUAGUUUCCACUGGAGGGUGUUGCAGUAAUUUCACCUUAGCAACUACUGUUACCAAAGUGAACUGUAAAUUUCCCAUUUUCUAUUAGUCAGGAGGAAGGUGGAUUUAAAGCAUGCAUCAGGUAUCCAGCAUUUGUGUAAGGCGGACUUGAAAAUUGCAGAUUGUGCCUGUACGAACUCAAAACUGAGCACUGCAGUUCAGAGCUAAUAAGGACCCCUGUUUUGUUUUGUUUUUGAAAAGUAUCUGCAUUAACGCAGGUAAAAGACACAGAAUCCUCGACUCUUUGCAGGACGACCGAAAAGAACGUUUGUUAGAGUGACUGAAAAUUCCAGCUGCAUCAUUUUUCUGAUGCUUUUUAAUGUUGUGUAUAAUUUGCCUUGUUUGGUUUUACCUUGUUUUUGUGCUGAAAGUGAUCAGAAAUGCACAGUGCCCAAGCAUUUCAGCUUGCCCAAACAUCCCAUAGAAUUGUUCUUUUAAUGGAACAGGGAAGUGAUAUUAACUAUGAAGGGAUUUCUAAUGGUAAAUGUUUUGUCCACUGCAACUCAGGAUCCACGCUAAGAUACGUGAAGCAAUGCCAUUGAAGUUGUGGAAGUUUGAAAAAAAAACUAACACAGUAAAUACCUUGUUUUAAGUCUCUUUUGGUUUGGAAAAUUCAACUGUUCUUUCAUGUCACAUACCAUGCACAAAACUUCCUCACUGUAUAUCUAUAUUGCCAGUAAUAAGUUGGUUAUUGCACAUCACAAUGCUGAAAACCUACCGUGUAUUGCAAUCAAUAUACCUUAAAACAAUAUCACACUUGCACAUUAUGUUUUCAAUAUAAUGAAGUGUGGCAUAUAUUGUAAUAUGUAGUUCUGUUUUUUUCACAGUAGAAAUUCUAGACAUUCCACAAGGGCAUUGAACUAUUUAUCUGCGAACCAAUCCAAUGUAAAGGUGGUUGCAAAGAAAAUGCAUGUACAGCUCUUACACAAUAUUUGUAAGUUAGUUUAGGCUGCAGGUAUGUAACUUUCUUAUGCGGACUGUACAAAAUUGCUAGUGAAACAGUUGUGCACCUUUUAUUACCAAACAAGUGUUUUCAAUUCUGCACACAUACCCGAAAGAAUUAAUGCAUUUUGAAAAUGUUUUUAUUAAUAAUGGAUUGUAUCAGAAUGCAUUUUAUAUACCUAGAAUUGUUCGUGUUGUAAAUAGAAUUGUAAUUACCAUAAGAUCCUAGAGUUUUUUUCUAUCCGCCACUGUAAGCAGGAAUAAGGCCUCCAAAGGGCACAAAAGCAUCUUAUGGUUCCUUACUUUCUGCAAAACUUGUUUGUGUGCCUUUUCACAGCUACUCACAAUAUUAACUUACUAAACUACAAAUUUCGUAUGGUUUGUACAGCGAAUGCCAAGCUCUUUGUUCUACUGUCUGUAAUGGAUCAGAAUUCUUAAGUCAGUGUACUGCAAACAUGCAUGAUAUAAAGCUGGCUGAACCCACCCCAGUGACUGAUAAUACUCAUGGAAUAAUGGGAGGUACUGUAUAAUGGUACUGUACUUGACUGAUAAAGAAGGAAAAGUAAGCAAACUGAAUGCUCCAAACUUGGUUGCCAAAUCUUGUUGUGUUAGCUGUGCACUAAAUGCUAAAAAAUUGAACACCUCGUAUAGCAUAUACUGUAUGUAAUUUAUUCCAUUAAAAUACUCAUGUUUUAUUUUAUAUAUCAGUUUGUUGUAGCAUAGGACAGUUGUAUUUUAGUACCAGUGUCUCUCCUGUAAACAGCCUUGGUGUUUGAUCAUUUUGAGUCUUAAUUGUGGUUAAAUACUUAUUUUUAAAAUA